AUGAAGAAGAACAGGCUUCGAGAGAAAACAUCUGCUGCGUCAGAGUGGAAGCACGCGCAUCAUACAAUUUCCAUGCUCGGCUCAUACGUCUUCGCCUCGGAUGUUCUCGAUGCUAGUCUCUACGAUACUGACUACGCCAAAAAAAUUGGCUUCACGAGAAGGGGGUUGUCGAAUGACAAUCCGGGCAGCAUUAUUUUCUCACAGGUCUGCUCAAAACUCUGCACCAAGAGGGCAGAGCUAGACGUGAUAGACGGACAGGUAAAGGACAUUCUUGAGUCAAGUCAAAAGGGUUUUGUAUUGUAUCUCGGGUAA